UCGCGCGCGAUAUUCGUUCGUCCUCGAGGAGGCGAGCGCGGUUCGAUCGCUCUUGGUGUACCAGCCGUGUCCGCUCUCUUCCUCGACGAUGGUACGACCGUCCCGCCGGUGCGCAGAGAGGUAGGGUACCCGCGCGACGUGUUACGUUUCCCUCCUGACCGAUUGUUUAGCGACCGGUGCGUGCGGCAUGUCGACGGCAGUGGUCGUGUGCACACGCGAUGUCGCGGAGUGCCUGCCGUCGGGGAUUUUCGCAGGUGACAAAUUCCGCCUCGUGCUGGCCACAACGUUACGCGAGGACGGUUACCCGGACGGAAACGAAUGGAACGCUACGGAACAGGAAGGCGGUUCCAGGGCGGACAGUUUUGAGUACGUCAUGUCCGGCAAAGUGUAUCGGAUCGAAGGCGACGAAGCCAGCAACGAGCCUAGUAGCAGACUAUCAGCCUACGUGUCCUUCGGAGGUCUGCUGAUGAGGCUACAAGGCGACGCGAACAAUUUGCACGGUUUCGAGAUAGACCAAUACAUGUACCUGCUGAUGAAGAAACUAGCGUUUUAAAAUCACGUUAAAGACGCUUGUGCAGACUGCAGAGAUCUUUCACCACUGCCGUCUGUAUUUUAAUACCGUAAGAUAAAUAAGAUCAUAGAAAGUAAAUUUGUUAAGAUUUUUCUAUAAAAUAAACAAAAAUUGGAAGAAAAAAAA